CCCGACUCAAACUGAACACCCGUCACCAGCUCUUCUCCCGCCUGGUGCGUCAAGAUCUGGCCUUCUUCCAGGGGACACCGGCAGCCGAGCUGUCCACCCGGUUGGCCAAUGAUGUGCCCUUGCUGUGCCAGGCGGUGCCGAGAAGCAUCAACAUAGGGUUGCGGAGUUUGGUGACAGUGUUGGGGUUGGGUGGCUUCAUGGUGGGGCUGUCACCCCACCUGGCACUGCUGGCGCUGCUGGAGGUGCCCCUCACUGUCACCGCACGCAAGGUCUACGAUGCCCGGUACCAGCGCCGCCACAGCCGGGCAGUGGCUGAGAUGUUGGGGCUGAAGGACCGGAUGGAUGUGGAGCGGGCACUUUUCACCCUCAUCCAGCGGGCACUGCAGCUGGCCGUGCAGGUGCUGGUGCUCUGCCGCGGGCACCAGCAGCUCCGCGAGGGGACCAUCACCGCUGGCAGCCUCGUCACCUUCCUCCUCUACCAGGGUAAAGUCGGCCACCACGUGCAGGCGCUGGUGUUCGGCCACGGCGACUUGCUGAGCAAAGCGGCAGCCGGUCGCAAGAUCUUGGAGUACCUGGACCGGCAACCCACCGGGGACACCGGUGGCACGCAGGUGCCUGCCACGCUGCGGGGCCACGUCGCCUUCCAACGCGUCUCCUUCGCCUACCCCACGCGCCCCGAGCACCUUGUCCUGCAGGAUGUCUCCUUCGAGCUGCGCCCCGGUGAGGUGACGGCGUUGGCGGGACUCAACGGCAGCGGGAAAAGCACCUGCGCGGCGCUGCUGGAGCGAUUCUACGAGCCCGAGGCCGGGGAGGUGCUGCUGGAUGGGGUACCACUGCGGGACUACGAGCACCACUACCUCCACCGCCAGGUGGCGUUGGUGGGGCAGGAGCCCGUGCUUUUCUCUGGCACCAUCCGGGACAACAUCAUCUUCGGGCUGGAGGGCUGCGGGGAGGAGGAGGUGAGGGCGGCCGCCGCCGCUGCCGGUGCCCUGGGUUUCAUCUCGGCGCUGGACCAGGGUUUUGAGACUGACGUGGGGGAGAAAGGGGGUCAGCUCUCGGCAGGGGAGAAGCAGCGCAUCGCCAUUGCUCGAGCCCUGGUGCGGCGACCCACCGUCCUCAUCCUGGACGAAGCCACCAGCGCCUUGGAUAGCGAGGGCGAGGCAGCGGUGGAGCAGGAGAUCUUCGGAGCCAGCGGGGCCGGACGCGCGGUGCUGCUGGUGACAGGGAAGGUGGCCCUGGCCAUGCAGGCGCAGCGGGUGGCCGUGCUGGAGGGGGGACGACUGCAUGAGUUGGAGUCCCCCGAGGAGCUACGGCGCCCCGGCAGCCGCUACUGUCACCUACUGGAGGGGGGGGGACAGGGGGGGACAGCAGGGGAUGGUGACACGAGGAAGGAGUACCAGAAGAUGUUUGUCUCAGCGCCCGUCUGCACGGCCUCAGGGCAGGAGACCUUCUUCAAAGUGCCCCUUUAUGCAGCCUCCUAUCAGGAGACCUUCCUCUUGGGUACAACACGAUACCGCCUGGAGUACCUCCCGUUAGUUUGGGUCAUCUGCCUGGUUGUGUCCCCUCUCAACACCUUGCACAACCCCCAUCAAGUCACCGGGGGGGUCCCGAUGAGAAACAAGAGAAGACCAUGA